AUGAAUGCUCCUAAGGAGCCUAAGGUGAAGCCACCAGCUAUUGACGCCUAUGAUGGCACCUCUAAUCCUGACGUGCACCUCUUGGCUUAUCGUCAUCACAUGUAUGUCCAGGGGACCACUGAUGCAACCUGGUGCAAAUACUUCCCGUGCACUUUGACAGGGGUCGCCUCGAAAUGGUUUGAGAAGUUGCCCGCUGGAACGAUCAACACUUAUGCAGAGCUAGAAAUGUUGUUUUUUGCAAGGUUCAUGACUUAUAAAGAGGAAAAGAAGACGAGUAUGCAUUUGGGCCGAAUACAGAAAGGGAAAGACGAAUCAUUGCGAAGCUAUGUGCGACGUUUCAAUUUAGAGUCGGGACAGAUUCCAGACCUACCUAAUGGGGUGGCUUUUGAUAACUUCUUUAGGGGGCUUAAGAAGGGGUCCUUUAAAUUCGACCUGGUAAAGAAAAGUGUGAGAAUUAUGGCCGAUGCUCUGGAAGAGGCCGAGUCCUUUAUUCAUGCCACCGAAAUUUGUUCCGUCCCCAAGGAAUCUAAGGGAACAGAGAUUGCAGACCAUCCUCAACGCAAAGACAAGGCAAACAAAAAGACCAACCGUCCUAAUGGGACGUAG